AUGACAGAGACGAAAUAUAUCUGUGUACCUGAGCCUGAUGAGGAAACGUUUGAGACGAAGGAAGAUGGAGAAGAACAAAGUAACGCAGUUCAGGAGGAACAGAAGCUGCAACACGAAGUGGAAGACACCAAAGAAAUCUCCAAUGAAGAUCAAAAUGUAGAAACAGAUGGUAACAAUGAAGAUAGUGACAGCAAAGCCAGUGAAACGGCAGGUGAUGAUGAGAAUAAAUACAUACUGAGCAAGUUGUUCGUUCACAGCCAGUGGCUAUCCGUCCAGAGUCCUUAUUUCAAGGCGCUUUUCUUUUCCGGGAUGAAGGAAACUUAUUCCAAGGAAGUAGUAAUGAAAAUCUAUGAACACGAACUUCAAGCACAUUUGACCUUAAUCGAAGCAAUUUACAAACUUGAUGUACUCAUUGACAAAGACUACCAUCUUGUAGUCCAAGUUCUUGCCCUCGCACACAAGUAUGAUGUUCGCCAUGUCAUUAAGAAGUGUAAGUAUGUCCUGUUGUCCACAACACCGAGCUUGGACAUGUGUGAAUAUUGUCUCCGAGAAAUAAAACAUCUUUCCGACAUGGCUGAUAUAUAUGAUAUGCUUGAGACGUUCCUUGUCAAGGAAUUUACACCGAUUGACAAAACAUGGACAAUGGAAAAGUUUACAGGACUUUCAAAAGCCGCGUUGAGGCUUCUUCUCAAAAGUGAUAGUUUGGCCACCCAAUCUGAAAACACAAUAUUUGUUGCAUUGAUGAAAUGGGUUCGCUUGAAUAUCCUUUGGAAAGCACGCGAUAAAUGUGAUCUGUUGGAUGUUCUAAGAUUCGAGUUCAUGUCUGUGGAUUUCUUGUAUGAUGUAGUUCAACAUGAUUAUGUGGCAAUAGAAAUGCCUGAAUUUAACGAAUAUCUUCUGAAAGGUUUAGCAUAUCAUGGAUUUUCGCAGAUUAGGCUGGAACAACUCGAACCGAGGCCGAAGAAACGACCCUUCGUAGCAGAUGCUGGUCCAACGUUUUCAUGGGUAAUUGAUAAUGAACUCGAAGAAAGAUUAUCAAAGAUCCCAGGAAAGUCUGUUGUUUCAAGUAAAUUUUGGAAACAAGGAUAUCCAAUGCAACUUUUCCUGAACUAUAAUUGGGCAGAUUUGAGCAAAUGCAGCUUUUAUCUCAAGAUUCUUAAUAUGACAAGCGAGGCUUGCUUGUGUGUUAGCUAUAAGGUUAAGUCACGUUUAUUUACUUCGUGGUUGGUUCAGGGAGAAAAAAUAUUGUUUACAGCCGUUCAUUCUUCUUGGGGAAAAAAAGAUCUAGAACGUAACGAAGCCCACAGAGGUUAUACAAUUGAUGUAUGGGUAGAAAUCGCUUAG